AUGCAUAAAUGCAUAAAGCCUGGAACUUCCGACAAAAUGUGUCAACAGAAACAAACUAAUAAACAUUCCGCAACUUUACGAAUCAUCGGUCGAAGUACUGACUUCCAUACGGACUUUACAUAUUCUUACGUUAUGUGGAUGCAAAGACCGGCUGUGAUCAAUUGUCCUCCGGGCCUUGAGUACUUGACCCAAAUUGACCAAUUGCUGAUUAAGCAGGUGAUUGAUGCUAUCGAAACACUCGUGCCUUAUGAAGUGCAAAACCGCUAUACCUGCUACAACACAUUGGGACAAAUUGUUUAUCGAUGUUACGAAGAAUCUGACUUUUGUUCACGUGCGUUCUGUGGAGCAUCAAGACCUUUCGUAUUACAUAUCUUAAACAAUAACAACUCUGAAGUUAUCCGUGCAAUUCGACCUUUUCGAUGUGAUUGUUACCCUUGUUGUUCGUGUUUAGAAUGCUGUCAAGAGGAACUUGAAGUUCAGUCUCCAGCUGGAAAUUGUAUCGGCUACGUGAAACGAGUAUUUAGUGGUUGUAAUCUUGAUUACCACAUUUUGGAUAGUAACCAGAAUACAGUUCUGCAAAUACAUGGUCCAUCAUGUUGUUUUUGUGAAUGUUUAGGAUCGGAUAUAAUAUUUAAGGUAACUUCUGCUGACGGUACUGUCGAAAUAGGUAGAAUUACGAGAAAAUGGAGCAAUAUUGUCCAAGAAUUCCUUACUGAUGCAGAUAAUUUUGGAGUUUCUUUUCCGAUGGACUUAGACGUGAAAAUAAAAGCGAUUCUCUUAGCUGCUGUUUUUCUCAUUGAUUUUAAAUAUUUUGAAAAGAAGCCAAAACAAUCAAAUUUUUCGUAGUCUUAUCCUUUCAUGUCGUUUUAUCUGUGAGUAUAUUCUGUGCUUCGUUUUUUCUUUACGUGAACUCAUUUUUAUUAUUUAUACAGAAAUAUGAAUAUUUUUGAUUUUUUUUAACGCUUUAUUUAUUGUAAUUUUUAUUUCGUAGUUAUCAUUGAAUUGUAUGUGAAAGACUACACUUCCUUGUGUAUUUUAUUCAUCCGAUUUGUAUUCAUAACUUGUUCUAAUUUUUACUCGGACGUCUGCCUGGACGAUUUCUUUGCACCAUUUCUUGUUAAUCAUACUUUCAUGAAGUUCUCUUUUUCAGUAAACAACGAGAUUACAAGCUUGUUUGAACAUUUGACUAAUUUUUCAGGUAUUAUUUUUUUUCUUCAAUAAUUCAAAUGUUUUUGAUACUGAUAGUAUUUUCUUUAUUUCUAAAGAAAGCUUUUGAUCUGUUUA